GUCCACCUAUACUUCAGCAGUCUUCCUGAGGAAAGGGUUCCUUACCUGAAAAGUAUUGGUGAAAAGGCCCGCAUCCGGCAGCUGCUGCAGCAGUUGCCGCCUCACGACAACGAAGUCCGGUACUGCCACGCCUUGUCCGAGGAGGAACGCUACGAGCUGCGCAUGUUCAGUGCCCAGAGAAAGAGAGAUGCUCUUGGCCGGGGUUUCGUGCAGAUGUUGCAGCAAGAUUCCAAGUCCGUCAAGUGUUAUCAGUGUCAGCUAGACAUCUAUGCAGGAGACAUGGCUGUAUCUGCUUCUCGUAUGCUGGAGGAGACUUACUGGCACCCUCAGUGUUUCUCAUGCUUUACUUGUGGGGACUUGUUGGUCGACCUUAUCUACUUCUACCACAACCAUCAGCUGUACUGCGGCCGGCACCACGCAGAACUGUUCAAACCCAGGUGUGCUGCCUGUGAUGAGAUUAUUUUCGCUGAUGAGUGCACGGAAGCCGAGGCCAGGAGCUGGCACAUGAAGCACUUUUGCUGCCUAGAGUGUGACCGACAACUGGGAGGUCAACGGUACAUCAUGCGAGACGGGCGUCCCUAUUGCUGCUCGUGCUUCGAGAACCUGUUUGCCGAAUACUGCGACACCUGCGGGGAACACAUCGGGGUUGACCACGGGCAAAUGUCUUACGGCGGGCAGCACUGGCAUGCCUCCGAGUUUCUGCUAGGUCAGCCUUUUCUGCCGAGGCACGGGGUGAUAUACUGUUCUGCCGCGUGUAGCAGAGCGGGUUCCAGAACCACGCAGACCCCAAGGAGGCCUGAAGAUUACCUGGUAAACAUGCAGGAAGCUAGAGUUUGCUCCCCGGUUAGUCAUGUGAUGUUGGAAGGGCGGGCUGGGAUACACGAGGUUCUAAGACAACAGUACACGCUGCCUGGAAGUCUGCCGUCUUCAGAUAGAGAUCAGGGGUAUGCAACAAGUAACAACAGUGAAAAUUACGCUCCGGGUUUGUUUCAGACACGCGAUAACGAGAUUGUUGACCAGGAAGAUGAAUCAGCGUACACGAUUAACUUUGACAGUCUCAUCGAUGCGCUUCCAUUGCAGGAAGCAAAGUGCAGGAAUCGCUUAUCCCAGUUCUCAAUGCCUGAUCUUAGUCAAGAGGGACAACUACCAGCAUCAGAAGGGACUGCUGAAGACAAGAGUAACUUCCCAUCUCUGGCAAGGGACAACACCAAUAAACAAAAUUCAAGAAGAAACAUCAGUGUCCACUACGCUUCCACUAGUAUACCCCAUCACAUUUCAUCUGACAAUCCCGGUGCCGUGAUGUCCUCUUCUGGCAUGAUGAUCAACCCGAAUAAUAACCCUGAAUGGGAUCAUCACCUUAACUAUAAUCAAAUGGGUAACCCUCUUUGCAAUUGGCACCCAUUACAAAAUGGUAACCCUGUUAGGCAAAGUCCCUGUGUCAACAAACAAAAGAAAACUUCAUUGACUCAGCAUGUAUAUUCGGAAAUUGCUCAGAGUUCAAACUCAGAAACAGCUAAAUCCCACAAACCUCCAGCCUAUCCCAGAAAUGUGUCUAGCCCAGCCAAGGCAGAUCUCGGCAAGAUAACCAACACAGCUCCCCCAGUCUGCAGCCAAACGUACUCGCCAUGUAACCAAACCCACACCCGCUGCUCCAUAAGUAUCUCCCGGAGCCAAAGUUUUGAUGGCGGGCCGGGCAGUUUGAUGUUGCAGAAUCAGAACGUAUCAAAUUCUAAAGAAAGUUCUUUCUCACCUAGGAACUGUCAUCUCAAGCAGCAAACAUCAUUAGCGCAUCACGCAUCAGCUGUGGUACAUCAGACACCAUCUGGGGCACAUCACACUUCUAUACACCUCCCUUCUUCAGACAUCGUCCCGGCAGAUAAGUACGUCUAUGCAAACUCCCAAGACGACAGGUGCAGCACUUGCUCCAGCUCGAGCAGCUCUGAAGAUUUCGACUAUUACUUCUCCUCUAAAAACACGAACAAAAUAUCCUACGUGGAUGACAUGGGUAUUGGAGGCACUAUCAGAAGUUCUUCAAUAAGAAAGAAGGGACAUCGACACCGACAAAAGAAUAAACACUGCGUUUUACAAUAA